UGUGCAGCCCUGAUUAUGAGUACUUCUGAUCUUUGUCUUUUGAAGGGUGCCAACUUACAAGGGGUGAAGAUGCUCUGUUCCAACGCAGAGGGAGCGUCUCUCAAAGGAUGCAACUUUGAAGAUCCAUCGGGACUGAAGGCCAACCUGGAAGGUGCUAACCUUAAAGGAGUUGACUUGGAAGGAAGCCAAAUGACCGGCGUCAACCUGCGUGUGGCCACUCUGAAAAAUGCAACGCUGAAGAACUGCAACCUGCGGGGAGCCACUUUAGCGGGGACCGAUCUGGAGAACUGUGACUUGUCUGGCUGCGAUCUCCAAGAAGCCAACCUGAGAGGGUCCAAUGUGAAAGGGGCCAUUUUCGAGGAGAUGCUGACCCCUCUGCACAUGUCCCAGAGUGUCAGAUAACUCUGCACACACCAGUGUCAGUGGGGGGCCGCAGCUGGCUUCUUUAAUACUCUCUUCUCCAGUAUAUUCCUCUACUUCCAAUCUCUCUGUACCUGUCUGUAAAGCAGGUAGUUGUAUGCACAUCCCUGGCAUUCCACCUUUAUUAAGUUAGCUUUAAAUAUCUUGCACUAUAAUUAUUCAGGGUUGUUUGUAUGGUAGGACGUUUUAAAUGUUCAGCUGCGUAUAUCACCAAAACCAAAUAAUGUUCCUUGUGUACGUAGAUGUGUCUGGAUGCAAUCCAAUGAACUAUACUAAUUUAAUGUUCUUCAUCAUUUGUAUUCACUUCAUCUUACUUGACGUGUUCAUGGGAGUUAAAGUCAGAUCAUUUGUGAGCAGUGAAGUUCAGAGCUGAGCUUCACUGUGCUGCUGUAGCAGAAACAGAAAGUGGCACUUACCAAUAACUGUGGCGUUAUAUAAUCUUCUUUAACUUUUGCUGGAUUCAACAUAAAUAAAGGAAGCAAUGCAAGCCAAAGCCAUAAGGGUAGCACAGUCUAGAAGGCUAAAAGUGCUGUUAGCACACCAUGACGACAGGCUAGUUUAAAACACAGCUUGGUUAUGCAAUACAUGAUGUUACAGCUGUGAGGUUUCUCCUUUCUGACUUUUAAAUAUUGUUUUCUUUAAAAAAAAGCUUUCCCUUGUUUGUGAAUCUACCUCUUGUUUUAAUCUGGUGUGCAAUUGUGAUCCACAAUUGCAUGCAUUCAACUGUGGCACUGCUUAUUGUAAUGUGCAUGUAUGACAUUCAUUAUACUUCAGUCUCCAUUUGAAGAAAAAAAAAAUGCUGUGCUUUAAAAGAAAAAGCCAUUUUCACAUGCUGUUAAAGUGGGUUUGCCUGCGAACAUGCUCCAUGUAUGGAUGUAUAUCACUUAAUCAUGCUUCGAACUUAUUUGCACAACUACAUGUUACCUUGUAUACCUUCUCACCAAAAAUGUUUGGAGCUUGUAAUCUUAUGUAAAUCAACUCCAGUGUUUCCAAAACUUCUGAAAUUGUUAUUGUAUGGUAAGCAGGUUUUGUCAGUUCUUUCUGUUUGCAUGUGUGAAGACUCUACUCGUCUCUGACUGGUGAAGUUUCUCUACCUGUAGCUCAAAGCUGCUCUGAUGCAAUACUAUUCACUCAGUCUAAUUGUUGGUACCCUGCCUGUGAGAAUGAACGAUGAAGGCAAUCAUACAAUUGUGUAUUUUCAUCUCGAAAAUCCAAGGAAGAGCUAUGAUUAUUUAUUUUUAAUACAUCUCACUGAAUGCAACAUGAGGCGGAGGUUGGUUUGUGUUUUAGACAGGUCUCCCUGUCUAAGAUUAUUGCACUUGACCGUGGAAAUGUAUUUCCAUGAAUGACUGUUAUAAAUAAACUGCUAUGAAGAAGAACAAAA